UUCACCUUCUUGGUGUUUAGGCAAAGUCAACUGUUGCUGUCUGCUGACAACUUGGAAGCAGAUCUGCAUUUCAUUCUAACUUGCAAGAUCUUUGUGACCAUGGAUAUUGGCGGGACAAUCAUUUCGCUACUUAAUUUAUCAUGGGCGCCCCUUGCCAAACCGUUCUAUUAUUUGAGAAAUGUUCAGAAACGCCUAGAGGCACUUCAUGUCAAUUUGGAAGUACUAAAUGGUCGAGCAAAUGACAUUAAAAUGGAGAUGGAUAGGGGAAUAGCCUACUUGAAUAAGAAGCCAAAAAGUGAGGCACAAUUGUGGCUCAAACAUGUGGAAAAAGCAAAUAAUGAUGUGAGUAGCUUAGAAAAUGAAAUCAGCAUUAAAGGAAGAUGCAUGAACGGCUGUCUUCCUAAUUGUUGUUUGCGUUAUAAGUUAGGAAAACGUCUUGUAAAAAAGAUUAAAGACGUGGCUGAGCUUCAAGGAACGGGAGUAUUUCCAAAUGGCUUAUUCAUUGAUUUAUUGCCAAAUGGGGGAAAAUUUCUGCCAACAACAGGAAUAAUAGGUCAAACAAUACCGAGGAAGGUUCUGCAUGAGAUUUGGGAAUGUCUGAUUGAUGUCAAUAUCAAUAAGAUAGGUGUCUAUGGAAUGGGUGGCGUUGGAAAGACAACUAUCAUGAUACAUAUCAAUAAUCUACUCAAUGAAGCCCAGACAUUUGAUAAUGUUAUUUGGGUGACUGCAUCAAAAGUGUUUGACUUGGGAAAAUUACAAAUUGACAUAGCAAAAGCAGUACACUUGGAUCUCUCUUACGAAGAAAAUGUGAUUAGGAGAUCAACCAUAUUAUUUGAGCACUUGCAGAGAAUGAAAAAAUUUACGCUAAUCAUAGAUGAUUUAUGGAGUAAGUUUACCUUAGAAGAGGUGGGGAUUCCACAACCAAAUAAAGAUAAUGGUUGUAAGUUAGUAUUCAUUACUCGACUCAUGGAAGUCUGUCGGGGCAUGGAGACACAUAAGGAAAUUAAAGUGGAUGUAUUUUCUGAGCAAGAAGCCUGGAAUUUGUUCAUUGAUAAAGCAUGUAUGGAUGAAUUUCUUUCUCCUACAAUAGAAUCCAUUGCAAAGCUGAUUAUUGAUGAAUGUGGUCGCUUGCCACUUGCAAUUAUUACCGUGGGACGAGCCAUGAGGAGAACCAAUGAUGUGAGAGCUUGGAAGAAUGCAUUGGAAGAAUUGAAAAGCACAAGAGCAGAAAUUGAAGGCAUGGAAGAAGAUGUUUUUGCACGUCUGAAAUUUAGCUUUAACCACUUAAAAAAUGAUAAGGUUCAGGCUUGCUUUUUGUACUGUGCAUUGUAUCCUGAGAAAUACAAAAUUGAUGUUGAAGAGCUGAUCGAGUACUGGAUUUUAGAGGGUUUGAUAGAUGAAGUAUGGGAUAGGGAGCAUGAGAUCAACAAAGGGCAUGCAUUGCUUAAGGAACUCAAAGACGCUUGCCUGCUGGAGGGUAUUGGGACAGGGUAUGUGAGAAUGCAUGAUCUGGUGAGGGAUUUAGCAAUUAGAAUCACAAGGGAGAGUCCGCGGUUUAUGGUCAAAGCUGGUGUUGGAUUGAAAACAUUGCCAACGACAUGGAUGGAAGAUGUAGAAAGGGUCUCCCUAAUGGAAAAUAACAUUGAGGCUCUUCCAGAUCAUCCAACUAGCAUGAAUUUAUCAACUUUGCUCCUGCAACAGAACCCCCUCUUGGAGAGCAUACCUGAUUCAUUCUUUUUGAAAAUGCAUAACCUCAGAGUACUUGAUCUAUCUGAUUCCAAAAUUAAGUCACUUCCAGUUACACUUUCCUGCUUACGGAAUCUCCGUGGACUCCUAUUACGUCUUUGUGAGAUUGAAGAGUUACCUUCACUAGCAGCCCUUAAAGAGCUGAGGGUGUUGGACCUUUCAUCUACUCUAAUCAAAUGGUUGCCAUGUGGUAUUGAAGGCUUGGUAUAUCUCAGGCGUCUUGAUCUUUCAUAUACGGAAGAAUUAAAGAUGUUUCCUGCAGGGGUUAUUCAAAACAUGUCCCAUCUAGAAAACCUAUCAAUGUUUAAAAGCAAAUGGAGAUGGUCAUUGAGUACACAAGGAAAAGGGGAAGGAGCAGAUUUUGCAGAAAUCACAAACUCCUCACAACUAACUAAUCUGGGCCUUUCCUUUGAGGAUCGAUACAGCUUCAACAACUACGUGAAAUCUGGACACUGGCGGGUGCUGAAAAGCUACCGCAUUGGAAUAGGACUUUUGUCAGGCCUUUUACCUAUUUCCAAAGGAAAUUGUAGUGUAGCAGUUCAAGGCUGUAACAUCAUUACAAAUGGGAGUUCAAUCGAGCUCCCAGACAACACUCAAGAGUUGGCAUUACAGGGUUGUCAUGACAUUGAUAUUCUAUCCAAACUGUCAAGCAUAUCGAACUUGGAUAAUCUUAAAGAGUGUUACAUCUCCAGUUGUAGUGGGUUAGAGUACAUCAUAAUGGCAGAUGAAAAUUAUUUUCCUCUCCUGGAGAAAUUGAUCCUUCGAAAGCUGCUUAACCUAAAGGCAAUUUGUAAUGGAACUGUGGUUGAUAGUCUAUUCUCAAAGUUAAAGACUCUGCAUAUUCAUAAUUGCAAUAGACUCAAGUACAUAUUCACAUUUGGAUUGUUACAGAGCCUGCAAAAUCUUGAAGAGGUUGAGGUGUGGAAUUGUCAUUCAGUAGAGGACAUAAUAGAAGGGGAGGAAACCGGUGGAGUAAAUAACAAUGUCUUUCCUCCUAUAAUGAUUCCAAGGCUACGUGUCAUAUACUUAUCUUCUUUACCUGAAUUGAAAACCAUCUCUAAAAGGUUACCAGUUUGUAAUUCAUUAAAAUCCAUUGAUGUAUGGGACUGUGAGAAGCUAAAGAAGCUGCCGUUUUCAAUGGACAACUUACCGUUCUCCCUCAAACGCAUUGGAGGAAGCCAAAAGUGGUGGGAUGAGUUGUACUGGGAUGAGACUGGCUGUAAGAAUCUUUUGCAACCCUUCUUCGUUGAAGAUAAAUGAUUCACAAGGCAGCCUAUCGUCAGGCUUUUUGAUGAAUAUGCAAGUUGCAUUCAACAAUGACUUGAGGUUGAUUCAUGGCAAAGCAGCAUUGUGAAUCUCUCAAAUGCUAUGGCUUCAGACUUUCCAGGUGAGUUUGAGACUGCCUCUAUCAACAAGCAACUCUCCAAUGCUCCUCGGUCACCCCACCAAGACCAUCACAGCCUAAUUUGGAAGACAAUGCUAGAUUGCAUUUCACCACUCAUUUUCUUCACAAAAGGGAGAUCUCAUGGUAUUCUUGUUAGAUUGCACUUGAAGAAAAGCAAGCAUGGUAGUACUAGUAGUGUACUAUUUUUACUUGCAAGUCAGGGUUUUCAAGGUCUGUAGGCUGACAAUCUUUGUUGGAUUGCUGGGCUGCAGGGAUGAUACAUAGGGUUAUGCAAGGAUACUGGUGUCUCUCUAAAGGUGAAGGUUUGAAGUCUGACCUAUUACAGUUAAAAUUUGUAGGAUGAAGGUUCCUUUUGGGCAAUUAGUCUAUUUCUCAUUUCUUUAAUAUGAAACUUCUAUCUGUUUAAAGAAAAGUAUACAUAUGCAGUUUGAUAUUUGAAUAUGAAAUCUGAUA